GGCCUUAGCCAGGGGGUCCCUUCGAGGGCGCUGGCCGAAGGACGAGCAGGAUGUAGCGGAUCCCCCGUCUCAGCCUCUGGCGACCGCGACUUGCUUUCUGCGUGCCCGGGAUAGAGGACCCUCCGACGGAGUCACUCGAAGCGGAGAAAAUCUGUUCCGGGUGAGCCCAGGACACCCCGGAAAUGCGAUGGCUGAGAAGCGGGCACCGGGGACGAAACGGAGGUGGGAGUCAAGGCAGGGCAUGUAACCGCGAGUUGGGCGGUCGUCGUCCCAUGCAACCGAGGUCAUCAGUCUCCGGAAAGUUAAGGUCAACCUCGCCGGGACGGAAGUUCCUCUCCUGAGUGAGCCUUCCUAAACGCUCCGCUCCAGGACACGGGCGGGAAACAGAGGCAUCCGAAAGAGACAUCUGUUGUUUGGGAAUCUCCACCGCCCCGCCUGGGCCCAAGAUCUUUCUUCGACUCCCGCCUGCCCAGACAGAAGUAACCCUUUCGCAAAUCUCUGCGCCCCUCGCUGCCUUCUCGCCUGCUUCCUCCAUCCCUUCUGGCAGCUCUUCUCUCAUUCACGUUUAGAAUCUGACUCGAUUUCACCUCCUGCACCCCCAUCCCCAUUUCCUUGGGUGCCAAGGACUCGUCGUCCUGCUAAUAGCAGGCGAAUGGCAUGGGCCACAGACUGAUGUCUGGCUUAUGCUCGGACUUAACCCCAACACCCUGUAAGUGGCGGCUUAGAGUACUGGGAUGACUCGCGCCCUAUUCUGGGUUCAGCUGCUUGCUUCCUUGCUACCUCCAUCUGAUCACUUCGCUCUCUCUCUCUAAGCCCAUUUCUCUUCUCUGUAAAGAAGGGAGCUAGAUUCCAUCCUCCUGACCACUUUCCUUCCCAGCUUGAAAACGCAGUCUCCUCUGGAGCCGUUCUCUGCACAUGGGAAUAAAGUUGGGAAUUGACAAGUUGGGACGAAAGCCAACCAUUUUAAGCUCAUGUUAAUUACCUACAUCAAUUUACAGUUCAGAUUUGGUUGACUAGAAAGUAGCUCUCUUUUGGCUUCAUACCAAAACGGUGUGCUUGGGAGUAGGCUUUUGUACAGAUAAUCACUGGCACGAACAUCGGCCUAAAGACUUUCUGCUGAACUUUACCAUUUUGUUUUCUUCAGGUUGAGUUCCCAAGCCAGCCCCUGGUUCCUCCUAGUUAAGUUAAGGAGCUCUGAGUGCUUCACGGUGAGAAUGGCUUGACAAACCUUCACAUCCCGCACCUGGAAGGCAUGGCAGUGUGGGAAGACCUGUGGACUUGUGGCCCCUGGAAAUGUACGCCCAGAAAGAGGAAAUCCCUCGUUCUUUAAAAAGAGGAAGGAAUCCUUCCGCCCCGCAAUGGGUACAUUCUGCUCAGUUAUCAAGUUUGAAAAUCUCCAAGAAUUAAGGAGACUGUGCCACUGGGGGCCCAUCAUUGCCCUUGGUGUGAUCGCAAUGUGUUCCACAAUGGCCAUGAUUGACUCGGUCUUGUGGUACUGGCCCUUACACACCACGGGAGGAAGCGUGAAUUUCAUCAUGCUGAUAAAUUGGACAAUCAUGAUUCUUUAUAAUUACUUCAACGCUAUGUUCAUGGGACCUGGCUUUGUCCCUUGGGGAUGGAAACCGGAAAAUUCUCAGGAUACCAUUUAUCUCCAGUAUUGUAAAGUCUGCCGAGCGUACAAGGCGCCCAGGUCGCACCACUGCCGAAAAUGUAACAGAUGUGUGAUGAAGAUGGACCAUCACUGUCCUUGGAUCAACAACUGCUGCGGCUACCAGAACCACGCCUCGUUCACACUCUUUCUCCUCUUAGCGCCGCUGGGCUGCCUCCAUGCCGCAUUCAUCUUCCUGAUGACCAUGUACACACAGCUUCACCACCGGCUCUCCUUCGGGUGGAACACGGUAAAGAUCGACAUGAGCGCAGCCCGCAGGGACCCCCUCCCCAUCAUUCCUUUUGGAUUAGCUGCAUUUGCCGCCACCUUGUUUGCCUUGGGCUUAGCCAUCGGGACAACUAUCGCUGUGGGGAUGCUCUUCUUUAUCCAGGCCAAAGACCGCAUCCAGUAUUACCAGCUCAAUGAAGUCUUUGUGUUUCCUUAUGAUUUGGGAAGUAGGUGGAGGAACUUUAAACAGGUCUUCACGUGGUCAGGGGCCCCUGAAGGAGAUGGGCUGGAGUGGCCGCUGCGAGAAGGUUGUCACCAGUACAGCUUGACAAUAGAACAGUUGAAACAAAAAGCAGAUAAGCGAGUCAGAAGUGUGCGCUAUAAAGUCAUAGAAGACUAUAGUGGGACCUGCUGUCCUUUGAACAAAGGGAUCAGGACCUUCUUCACAAGUCCCUGCACGGAAGAGCCUCGGAUGCGGCUGCAGAAGGGGGAGUUCGUCUUAGCCACCAGAGGCUUAAGAUACUGGUUGUAUGGAGACAAAAUUCCCGAGGAUGCCUUCGUAGAAGGUGUGUCGAGACUCAGGGGGUGGUUCCCCAGGAAGUGUGUGGAGAAGUGCCCCUGCGACGCUGAGGCCGACUGGCCUCCCGAGGGCGAGAAGAAAACCAGAUAGCCCCUGCUCAAGUGCAUCCGCCUCCAGGGCCUCCAUUACUUGAACACUGUGCAUAGCCGACCGCAGUAUGCACCGAGCGGCUCUGCUGGCAAUGCCCUUCUCCAAGGUGCCCCAGUGCCACGACUCCAAUGUUCUUAUUGCCAUGUGGACGUGGAGAAGCCAUUCCGCACCUGCCUUUGAAUUCCUGCUGCCCCCUCCCCACUCCCGCCCCAUCAAGGGGAGGACACUUGGUUCAAGUAAGCUGACGGGGUUGGGGUUUCUUGGAUGCACUGCACACUCGACCUCCGCUGCAGACAGUGCCCGGGUCCAGGAGCGUCUGCAUGCGAUGAUGCUAUCCCUCCGUGGUGUCUCCCUCCGUGGUGUCUCCUAAGUGGUAUUCUAGACGCUAGAGAACCUAAGCUGUCAGACUCACCGUCAGCUCCAGUUUGAUCAGUGUCUUUUACUAAUGCCGACUUUGAUCAAUUAAAAGAUCAGUGGCCAUUCUGUAUAA